GCCUACAACCACACAAUGGAAACCCCUGCCUCCUUCAUCCUUGUGGGCAUCCCAGGACUACAAUCUUCACAUCUUUGGCUGGCUAUCUCAUUGAGCACCAUGUACAUCAUAGCCCUGUUAGGAAACACCCUCAUCGUGACUGCAAUCUGGAUGAAUUUUACUCUACAUAAGCCCAUGUAUUGCUUUCUGUGUGUUCUGGCUGCUGUGGACAUGGGCAUGGCCUCCUCAGUGGUACCCAAGAUGGUGACCAUCUUCUGCUCAGGAGACAGCUCCAUCAGCUUUAAUGCUUGUUUCACUCAGAUGUUUUUUGUUCACUUAGCCACAGCCAUAGAGACAGGCCUGCUGCUGGCCAUGGCUUUUGACCGCUAUGUAGCCAUCUGCAAGCCCCUACACUACGAGAGCAUUCUCAGACCUCAAGUGAUGCUGGGAAUGAGUGUGACCAUCGCCAUUAGAGCUAUCAUAGCCAUUACUCCACUGAGUUGGAUGGUGAGUCAUCUACCUUUCUGUGGCUCCAACGUGGUUCUUCACUCCUACUGUGAGCACUUAGCUUUGGCCAGGUUAGCAUGUGCAGACCCCAUGCCCAGCAGUCUCUACAGUCUAAUUGGUUCCUCUAUUAUGGUGGGCUCUGAUGUGGCCUUCAUUGCUGCCUUCUAUUUCUUGAUUCUCAGAGCAGUAUUUGGGCUCUCCUCAAAGAAUGCUCAGUUGAAAGCAUUAAGCACAUGUGGCUCCCACAUGGGAGUUAUGGCUUUGUACUAUCUACCUGGAAUGGCAUCCAUCUAUGUGGCCUGGCUGGGGCAGGAUGUAGUGCCCUUGCACACUCAAGUGCUUCUAUCUGACCUGUACCUGAUCAUCCCAGCCACCUUAAAUCCCAUCAUCUAUAGCAUGAGGACCAAACGACUGCUGGAGGGAAUAUGGAGUUAUCUGAAACCCUUCCUCUUUCACCACUCCAACCUGGGUUCAUGAAUACAGUAUCUGUUCAGAUCUGGAGCAUUCCAAAUUCAAAGAUGCCUUAGAGAUCUGUGGAGCUAG